UGAUAUUUUUAAUCAGUUUAAUUGUAUGUCAAUACGUUCAAAGUAAUCACCUUACGUUCAAUCGCAUAUCUGAAAACUCCAGAAACAAUCUAGAUUAUUCAAAUAGCCCGAAACUUAACCGGACUAAUUAUGGUGAGUAAAAAAAAAACAAAAAUCAUAUAUAUAUAUUUCCAAUUUUUGGGUUGAUUUUAUUAAUAUGUAUGAUGUUACGAAUAUUUGCUGCAAGUUUACUUACGUCAAAUAAAGAUUUUUUCUUUAAUGCAAUCUAAAUAUAAGUGUUGUGUUGAAGGGUAAAUUUCUUUUUUGUAUUUAUAUUAAUGUCAUUUCUUAGCAAAAAACGAAACAAACUUUCCAUUCAACCCAAUAACAGCAUCGUAAUUUGCACAAUUUAAUGAUUAUAAUAAUAGAAUACUUAAAUAAUUUAUAUUUAAAAAAUAGAUCAUUUUACGCGCGGGCGCGUGCAUGACUUUCGCAUACAAUUGACAACAUUUUUACCGAAGUUUUUAUGAAGACGAUGAUUGUCUUGUUAUUUUCGUUACAUUUUUUCUGAACGACAGAUAAACAAAUGAACUCAAUUGGCAUAACAGGCGGAAAUUACGCGAGGAUCGGACAGUUUCCAUUUAUGGCAGUAAUAAGUCAAUUUUUGGGCAACAUGUUAUUCAGGCAAUGUGAUGGAACGAUCAUAAAUAGCAGAUGGGUUCUCACAGCCGGUAAUUGUAUAAUCCACGGUCCACGACCAUUUUUUGUAGCGUUCGGCAUAAUCGACAGUCCUAAUAAAGGAUACGAUUUCCUUCCAAGCCCCGGUGUAUCAAUGAUUACAACCCAAGCAUUUGUACACCCGAACUACAGAGAGCUGUUAGACGACGAUAUUGGCUUACUUCAAAUGCCGGCUAAUAUUCCCUUUUCCAGUAAGUAUAUUUAAAUUAUUUCUUUUCCCUUCUUCUUUUACGUCAUCUAUUUACACAUUGGU